AUGGUAGUCCAUAAAAACAAUAUAUACACGACUCAACUUGUCAAAAAAACAAUUCCUUUUGCACCAAAUCUAGAUCUGUGUCUAAAUCACCAAUCCAACAGUAUCUCCAUUAAAAGGAAAGGAAAAAAAAUGAGGGUGGCUGAGUCUCAGGUUUGGCAACCAUGCAAGAAGAAGAGGAGGACGUUGGGAGAAGGAAUAUUCGCGAAGGUGAAAUUUGCCAGGAACAUAGAGACUGGAGAGAAUGUAGCAAUCAAGAUUCUUGAUAAAGAGAAAGUUUUGAAGCAUAAUAUUAUUGCUCAGGUUGACAGCUAUUCUACAUGUUUUAUUUUUGACCUUGACUUAAUUCUGCAUUCAAAUUUAGCUGACUAUGCAAUUGACAUCCUUUUUAACUUUCACAAACUUACUUUCCCUUUGAAUCUCAUUUCUGUUUUACUUUGCACAUGCUACAUUGUUCUUUUUCUUUGUCCUGUGCAGAUUAAACGUGAAAUUUCAACAAUGAAACUCAUCAGACACCCAAAUGUCAUCCGUAUGUAUGAGAAGAAUACUCCACUUGGCUUUAGAACUAAUACAAUUAUGGCUAGCAGAGGGAGGUUAAAGGAAGAUGAAGCUAGAAAGUAUUUUCAGCAGCUUAUUAAUGCUGUGGAUUACUGCCAUAGCAGAGGUGUUUGCCAUCGAGACCUCAAGCUUUGUUUUUGUAAUUUACAGCCAGAGAAUUUGCUGCUGGAUGCCAAUGGAGUUCUUAAAGUUUCAGAUUUUGGUUUGAGUGCUUUACCUCAGCAAGUUCGAGAGGAUGGGUUACUUCACACAACAUGUGGAACACCAAAUUAUGUUGCUCCAGAGGUGAUCAACAAUAAAGGCUAUGAUGGAGCUAAGGCAGAUUUGUGGUCAUGCGGGGUGAUACUCUUUGUCCUAAUGGCUGGUUACUUGCCUUUUGAGGACUCCAAUUUGAUGGCUCUAUAUAAAAAGAUAUUUAAGGCUGACUUCAGUUGUCCUCCAUGGUUCUCCUCAAGUGCCAAGAAAUUAAUCAAGAGAAUCCUAGACCCUAAUCCAUUGACAGACCUUGUUAAACGGGAAACAAAAUUCACAUCAAAACGCCCUAUGGAUGAAUUUGUGGUUAAUGUUUAUGUGAAAAGAAUUACCAUUCUUCAUACGGUCUUCUUUAUCAUAUUUUAUCAUUUUUGUUUUACCAGCCUCGGUAAAGAUUGUCUUGGUUUCAAGUUCUUUCUCAUGGGGAUGAUGUAUUUCGUAUCUGCAUUAGGCACUUCAAAUUUCCAUUUCUUUGGGUAUUGUUGGCUGAAAUGGAAAGAUUCUUAUAUGAAGCUUCUUGGAGAAAAAACUGGAUGCAAGGGUCAUUUGGCUGUUACAACAGAGAUUUUUGAGGUAGCUCCUUCACUUUGCAUGGUUGAACUCCGAAAGUCUGGAGGAGAUACCCUGGAAUUUCACGAGUUCUAUAAUAAUCUCUCUACUGGGCUAAAAGAUAUCGUUUGGAAAACAACUGGGGAAGGAAAAACAGAAGAAAAGGAUGGGCCUGCUACUGGCUCUUCUUCUCCAUCCCGAUUACUGGUGUUUAUCCUGUUCUUCCAUUGUUGUAACUUCAUUUUCUCUAAACCACUGUAUACAUAUUCCAACCAGCUGACGUCUGCCUCUGCUGGAUGCUGUGAUUCAGAAAGAACUUACUGUGUAUCAUAUUUGCACUGCUGUUUGGAGACUAAUCGCAAAUUAGGAAGUGGGGACAACCAAGCGAUCAAGUUUAGACUUCAAAGUCCAAAUAAGCGAGGCCUGGCAGGCCCAAAUACUCACAGGCCCAUCCCUGACACUGAAAAGGAAACCCAAUCUUCUCGUGUUGCAACACUGUUUCGUUUCGAAAUUAUUAGUUGGGCCAAAAGAGGAAGGAGGGAAGGCUCUGCAAUGAGAGAAGAGGUAAUUAGCUCUGCUGGGACCAUAGAUCCCACUCCUGCUGCGAGUUCUGCUGGGGCAUCCUCACUUGCCGUUCCAACAAAUGUUGGCAGUGUAGAUUGGUCUGGUCAUGGCCAAACUUCCAAAGCAGCUUCUCAAUCAUGUGUUGGAUCUCAAGCACCAUGGAUUUCACUCAGUACUAAUGCUGGUGGAUCUGCUCUUGGAUCAACAAGAACUUCUUGUCGACCAUGGGAAAGAGGGGAUCUUCUUAGGCGUUUGGCUACAUUUAAGCCUAUGAAUUGGUUUGGGAAACCUAAGGUUGUGAGCUCGUUGGCAUGUGCUCAGAGAGGUUGGAUAAAUAUAGAUGUUGAUAAAAUUGAAUGCGAAACAUGUGGGGCAUAUCUGCAUUUUACUUCCUCCGCAUUGUGGGCUGCUUCUGAAGCUGAGGAUGCUGGUGUAGCCUUUUCUAAGCAGUUGGAUGUUGGGCACAAAGUUACUUGUCCUUGGACAGGAAACAGAUGUCCAGAAAGCUUGGUUCAAUUCCCGCCAACACCUCAGUCUGCCCUAAUUGCAGGAUACAAGGAUAGAUGUGAUGGUCUUUUGCAGUUUCAUUGUCUUCCUGUCAUAGCUGCAUCUGCAAUGGAGCAUAUGCGAGUGUCACGGGGUCCCCAUGUUGAUCGCCUUUUGUCUCAGUUGCAGAAUAGUGUGGCGGAAUUUGAAUCUAGAUCAGAGAGUAUACCAGAACUUGAUAAUGCUCAAGAUGGUGCAUUUUGUCUAUAUUCUUGUUCACAAAAGCUCAUAAGCUUGUGCGGAUGGGAACCGAGAUGGCUUCUAAAUGUCCAAGACUGUGAAGAACAUUCUGCUCAAUCAGCUAGAAAUGGAUGUUCUUUUGGUCCUAGUGCAGCCCAGGUCCAUCUUCCACAGGAUCCUGGACCAAGCAAAAAUGCUCUUGCUGCUUUAGCCAAGGAUGCUGGAAAAAGUAAAUUGUUAGUUGUGGAGUCUAGAUCUGAAUUCAGAUCACCUUUGUUAGACUGUAGCUUAUGUGGUGCUACUGUCAGGAUAUUGGAUUUUUUAACUGUUCCUCAACCUGCUCGUGUUGCUCCUAACAUUGAUAUCCCUGAUACAAUAAAAAAAAUGGGAUUGACACGUGGAGUAAGUGCAGCCAGUGGAACUAGUGGUUGGGUUGCUGCUGAUGAUCCGGAGAAAGAACCGACUGAAGACCGUGAUGAAGUAGGAACAACUGAUGAGAGAAAAUUGAUGCAAACAACAGAUGUUGAUUUGAAUCUUACAAUGGCUGGGGGUCUAUCUUUUAAUCAGUUGGGUAGAACCACAACAUUCAGAAAUAUGAAUGAUGCAGACAUGGGACGGGAUCUAAUGAUUGGGCAACCAUCAGGUAGUGAGGUUGGUGAUCGAGCAGCUUCGUAUGAAUCUCGGGGUCCUAGUUCUCGCAAGCGAAACUUGGAAAUAGGUGCCAGUUCAGAUGACAGGCCACAGUUACGCACACAACGGGCUGAUAGUGCUGAAGGAACUGUCAUCGAUCGUGAUGUUGAUGAAGUCACUGAUGGCAGACAAUAUUCUGCUGGGCCUUCAAAGCGUGCUCGUGAUUCAGAUAUUUUUGAUACUUACUGCUCACCGUAUCCGAGAGACUCAUCUGAUGCAGGUCCAAGCCAUUCAAUGGGUUUUGAAACUUAUGCAGAUGGCAAUAAAGUUGCUCUGUUUAGGCAAGGAAGCAACCAUGUUAUUGGAAUCUCCUCAGCUAGAGAUUCAACACGUGCAUCAUCUGUCAUUGCGAUGGAUACCGUGUGCCACAAUGCAGAUGAUGACUCAAUGGAAAGUGUCGAAAAUUAUCCUGGAGGUGUUGAUGAUAUCCAUUUUCCUUCUUCUAGUACAUAUGGCCACCUUGACAUGAAUGACACAUCGGAGUUGAAUUAUAGUAACCAAGCUCAGCAGAGUAUUUGUUUCCAACCAGCUGCUGAAGCAGCUCCGGGUGAAAUGGGCAUCAGCAGUACAAAUUAUGGUGAGGAAAUUUUCAAUGCUGAAACUGUGACAGCUCAGGCUAGGGAUGGGCUUAGUUUUGGAAUUAGUGGGGGGAGUGUUGGUAUGUGUGCCAGCCAUGAAGCUGAAUUCCACGGAGCAGAUGCCUCUGUGCAUAGAACACAUAGUGUAGUUGGUGAUGUGGAACCCAGAAUAGAAGAUGCUGAAAUUCAGGGUCAAACAGGUGAAUCUACUCCAUUUCCUGGGUUGAUGGAUGAGGUUGUCCCUGAUGAAAUAAAUAGGGAAAACCCUCAUGGUGACAGCCAAGAAAUGUUGUCUCGUUCUCUAGGAAGGGCUGACAGUGGUUCGAAAGUUGAUGGUUCUGCCAAGACAGAGUCUGUUGAAAGUGGUGAAAAGAUAAUCCAAAGCUUCAGACUAGUUCCAGAUAACAGUGCUCGUCCUUCUCUUUCCUGCAAUGCUUAUUUGUACUCUGGUAAUGAAACGUCGAAGAAAGAGGUAAAAGAUGCUGAAAAAUCAUCUUCCAUAAACAAUUGUCCAUACCGAGACCCAGAGUCAGAUUAUGCCGUUGCAAAUGGGAUAGGUAAAUUCUAUGUGCCAUAUUUGGUAGAUCCAACGCAUAGAAUUUGCAUUGAUUAUACUUCUCAAGGGCCGCCAAAAGGAGAAAGCAAUUAUGAAGAAGCUAUAGAAUUUGAUCCAAUUAUUCAUCACAACCAGUACUGCCCCUGGGUGAAUGGAAAUGUUGCUGCUGCUGGCUGUAGUAGCUCCGGUUCUGGCUCCAGCACAAGUGCUGAUGUUGUUGCACUUUGUGGAUGGCAGCUGACCUUGGAUGCCCUGGAUGCCCUGCGAUCACUGGGUCAUAUUCCUGUGCAGACAGUGCAGUCUGAGUCAGCGGCAUCAUUGUAUAAGGAUGAUCACCAAACUCCUGGUAAAAAGCUCCUUCGGCGGCACUCUAUGAACAAAAGUCACAGGAAACAUUGACAGUCAAACAUAAAGACACCUGCAAUGACUAGAUGGAAUAGCAUCCAAUGGUUGGAGCAAAUUGGGAGCUUUUCAGUUGUUGCCACUGGAACUUCUGCCAGGGGAAGUUCUUAUUAAAAACUUAUUUCAUGGUAAAGUAAUUUGUGUUAUUCAAGUUAGAUACAUGUCUAUACUGCAUAAAUUAUCUCUUUGCUUUCUUUAAGCAGGAUCUUCUGACUAUCUUAUUCACUUGAUCAGUGAUGUGACAGUAAACAUUUCUGUUAAUAAAAAAUGUGAUCUAGUUUUACAAUUCUCAUUUCAUGAAUUGGAAAUUGUGAUGAUGCUGCUAAUAAGAUGAAGAUUUAGAUCUAGCCCGUGUUUUCAUCUAUAGUUUCGAUUUUUAGAAUUUUUCAUAUUAAUAUGUAUUUUCUUUUUGUAAAUUAUAGUUUCUGGGCAAAGACUGUACUAGUAUUAGCGGAUUAGGUUGAAUUUGCUGUAUCUGUAUUUACCUACUUUUUAUGACCUGGAUGGAGUAGAAUGUAGGCAUCUUGCGAAAACAUCAAACAACCAUACGAAAUCCUGGCAUAUAUGUUCUAUUGCUGCUCUUACUAUAUCUACCCGAUUAACAGUAACAGAUACGUCUUGCAUAUUCCCAUGCUUUUUAACCUAACAGAGCCCUCAAUCCCUUUGAGUCCGGGGACUCCUUGUUUGCUCCAAGCUUCUCAGAAAGGUUCCAAAAUUCCCUGUUUCGUCGACUUGUUGAAGAAGACAUUGGCAUUCUGAAAAUUUAUUGGGAUACCCUCUCUGGGUUUCAUUGAACUUUUUUUCAUGUUGCAAGAGGAAUCCAAACAAGACAAAACUGCUACGUAGUUUUGUCAAAGUGUUGCUCUUUGUUGCAGUUUGUCUGGGUGAAGACAU